AGAUUUCAAAAUCUCUCAAAGUUCGAAAGAGAAAGACCUGGCUUGGCGAUAGAGUUAAUAAGAAGAAUACAAAUGUUGUAUACAAGUUUUGUAACAAGACGACAACAGGUGGAAUUUAUCGCUUUAAAUACAAUCUUAUUGGUGGCGAUAGAAAUGUCACAAGUUGUCCGAAAUGCCCACCGGAGGUGAGGGAAGAAAUAAAGAAUUUUGUUGAGAAGAAGAAAGAGCAAAAAAAUCAAAUGAGUCAUCAACCAAUGGUGACCAAUCAUGAUGAUGAUUAUAUUGAAAAAUUGUCACUUCCAACAAAACGGGGAAGAGAUGCAAUCUCUUCAAGUGAUGGAUCAUCGACUAAAGGUCCUAUAGAUUGCUAUUUUCCAAAGAAGCCGGAAGCAAAGAGCGGUGGAAAAGAUGUACAAAAAAUUGCUAAAGACAUUUUGAGGGAUCGUGCAGUUAGAGCUUUUGCACGAUGGGUCUAUGAUGCUGGGCUCCCCUUCGAUUGUGUCAACUAUGACACUUUUGGAGACUUUAUUGAGGUCGUUGGUCAAUACGGACCUGAAAUGAAGCCUCCCACUUAUCAUGAAAUAAGAGGUCCUUAUCUAAACAAGGAAGUGGAGGAGACUAAUAAAAUUGUUGAGGAGCAUAAAGUUGUGUGGAACAAGUAUGGCUACUCCAUUAUGAUGGAUAAGUGGACGUCAAGAACUGGGAAAAUGAUUAUUAAUGUGUUGAACACCAUCGAAAAGAUUGGCCCAAGCAAAGUUGUUCAAGUGGUCACUGAUAAUGCAAGUGAAAAUGUGAAAGCGGGUGGCAUGAUUGAAGGAGCGUACAAGAAUGUCUAUUGGACUCCAUAUGUGGCUCAUUGUAUCAACUUGAUGUUCGAGGACAUUUUCCAGGAAAAACCCUUCUCUACAGUUUUUGGCCAGGGGCGUUAG